GCCGAAACUGACCAAUCAGCAUAUUACAUUAUUUCCGGGAAGAAACAUAAGCAAGACACGAAAUUUAGGACUGACACAGAAGAGAUAGGAGAGUAUCCAAAUGGCUGCAGUUUUAGCAACCAAAGUACACGUACAUGAAUCAGUAGAUCACAAAGAAAACGCUCCAACGAUGGGGAAAGCAGAGGAUCCAGAAAACCAAGAUAUUUCUCAACCAGAUAAAGAGUCUGCAUCAAAUGCAAAGGCUAUCAAUACAGAGGUUUCUGCAGAAAGUGAAACGACCACCACAGCCUCUGAUGGUGAUGAUAACAAGACAGUCGUCUCAGGGGUUGCAUCUAAUGCAGUCCUCGAAGACAUCACUGACGCCAUGUCUGCGUUAACAGUUGACUCCAAAAAUAAGCAAGAAGCUGCUGACAUUGCUGCAGACUUACAGAAACUGUCUAUCAAGCCCACCAGAACAGAAAAGGAAAGAGAUGCUGCUGAUGAGGAUGAAGAAGAAGAAGAAAAAGAAUCCAAUCUGUUUGGGGUAGAGGACGACAACACCUCCAAAUUACGCAUGGGCCUGGCCAGCCGAGGUCCUGGCCAGGAAUGGAUGAGGGGGACCAUUGGCCACAUGGGGGGCGUCGACUACGAGGCCACUUGCUACCAUGAUGUGUUGGGUGGGAAGAGGCGAUAUGACGAAAGCCCUAUGCCCCCCAAGUUUUACAGAGGACCUGCAGAAUCUGAGGAUACCGUGGGUCGACAGACAACCAACUGGUCCGGUCUUAACAACCUCAAUAAAGAUGACCCAACCGCUGUGGAAAAUAAACCUCUCAAUAUAGAUGUCACCUACAACCAACGCGGAUUCAGUGGCGGUCACUGCUUGGUACAGACAUCGGACAACUGGUCCAAUAAUUCCACGCUGAAUACUUUUACAGUGCCAGGAUCUGAAACUACGGAGCCAUUCUUCGACAUAGAUGAGUUGCUGGGUAUUGUUACUGAUGAUGAGUACAGCCAAAAACAACAAGAGGAACAGUUGUACCAGAAGUUGUCUUAUCAGAUAGCCAGCGCCAAGGCCAAUGCAAGUGCUAACGCUCAUGCCAAGAUGCUGUCAGAGCAGCGACAGCAGCACAUGCGAAGAGCAAUAAAUCAACGCCAGCAUCUGGACUCCACCGGUCAGUCUCCAGUUCCUUCCCCCGAAUAUCCCAACCAGAAUGAGAGCCCCCCUCCAGCUAACCAGUAUCACGGAUAUUAUGGAAAUAAUGCCAAUGUUGUUGCAAAACAACAAGGGUACAAAGCCUCAAGCAUGUCACAGAUGUCUAUGACCUCAACCUCCACUCAACAAGGUCAAGGCCAGACCCAGUACAUGUUUCAGGCACGUCAAACAUACCAGCAGUUGCCUCCGUAUCCAAAAGGAGGCAUGGGGGUACAGGGGAUGACGGCCCUCCCAUCAUAUCAGCAGUCACAGGUUCCUCCACAGAAACAGCACCAGGCACCUGGGUAUACAUCCCAUGGCAGUCCUGCCACCGCUGGCUCCAGCUCCCCUGCCCGGCCAGCCAGCACAAGCGUCCCUUCUCCACCGAUGUCACACAUGUCGCAGGGGGUGCCGUCCCCGUGCUCCGUGUACAGCAUGUCUCACUCCUCUCAGGGUGUCCCCUCCCCUGCAGAGUCCGCCUACAGUAUGUCCUCUCAGGGUAUUCCCUCCCCUGGGUCAGGGUACAAUGUGGGUUCACCACAGGCCAUCUCCAGUGUGCGCCAGUCCUCAGUAUCCAACACCAGCACUGGGGUUCCCUCACCCUACUCGCAGGGGGCACCCUCCCCACAGGCCAGUGUCAGCAGCCUCCCCUCGGAGGACAGCCAGUACGUGUUCUCUCCAGACGACUUGGAACACCUCUCCGAUGUCAUAUCCGUCAUUGAGAAAGAUUCCAUGGAUAUCAGGAAGCAGAGUUCGUCUGGAGCGUGUCAGGGUCCUUACUCGCCACCCCAGCAUGUUGGGUCCCCAGCAAGUGUUCAGGGUCUCGUUCAACCCAACAUCACUGCAGCUUCAGCCCCAAUGAUGUCAGCCAAUCCAGCCUUGACAACAAGCUCUGUCCCUAUGGUAACCACAGCUGUUCCCGUGUCAACCACUUCUAACCCGGCAACCAUAAUCAUCAUUGCCCCACAGGUGCAGCAACAACAAGGCGGUAAGAAGCUCCCUAAAUUAGCCCCCAAGCCGGCGUCCCCCCAGAGUGUAGGGGGCAGUGUGAGCGGCAGCCCAGCACAGGGGCAGAUGGGCUGUGGUUCCCCUCCCUCCACAAUGUCUGCAGUCAAGCCUGCUGUGGCUACCACUACUGCUGGAUCUUUCAAACCAUCUCAGCAAGAUGGCGUAUUCAAGGUGCCGCCCGUACCAGGGUGCUCCAAGCAGCCCCCACCACGUUUAAAUAUUGGUGCCCCCACCCCUGUGACGCAGUUUGGGUCCAGCCUGCCCCCCACCCCCACCACCCCUGGAGGAACCCCCCAGAAACUGUUGAUCGCAAGGAGAUGCGUGGCCAACAUGAAAAGUGCAGAAAUCACAGCUCAAGAUGAGGACGGAGACACAUAUUUGCACAUAGCUGUGUGCCAGAAGGACCCCCAUCUCGUUAAGGCCCUGCUGGAGAGAAUAACCAGAGAAGAUACCCUACAAGUAGUAAUGAACAUGAAGAACAAAAUGGAUCAGACUGCAUUGUACCUGGCAACGGUAACUAGGCAACCACAAGUUGUGGAGAUGCUGCUCAGUCAGGGCGCUGAUCCUAAUUUGCAGGCGCGCAUCGUGACUAAUGGUACGAAGUCCCUGGAGAGCAGAGGUCCGCUACAUGUGGCCGCCGGGUGCGGAGAUUUGGCCACCAUUCAGAUACUACUGCGCAACCAGUGGCUUAAUUUGGACGCUAAAAACUCUGAAGGUUUAACUGCUCUCCACUGUGCAGCAGCGGGACAUAAGAAGAUUGACCCCGAGACCCGACAGGAAAUUGAUAGCAUUGACAUUAUCACAUGCUUGAUAAAUAGGGGAGCAAAGAUGGAUGUUGUGGAUGGAAAGAGCGGGAAGACCCCUCUGCACUAUGCCAUCGAGUCGAAAGACGUCGACCUGGUGAAAAAGAUGUUAGAGAUAAAAGGCAGUGAUCAGAUCCUUAAAAUCAAAGCCUUUGAUGAGAACACAUGUUUACACAUAGCAGCAGGUUUGCAGAUGCCAGAUGUUGACACGCACAAGAGAAUGAUCCGUCUGCUCAUGAACAAGGGUGCUGACCCCAAUGAGAAGAAUCACGAGAAGAACAAACCGAAAGACUUGGUGUUUAAUCAUAACGAGGAGAUCGUAAAUAUUCUCAGUGGGAAGCCAACCGCACGGCGAAUGGACCCCGCUUCGCAGUCUUAUGAAAUGCCCCAGUCAGUGUACAGUGGAGGUAUGCAGGCCCCUCCUCCCCCUACGUACUACAGCUGUAAUGUCGUUGCUGCAGACACUCUCGGCAUGAACAUCACGCCAGGCAUGCAACAGCAGCACAUGAUGCACCCUGCGAUGCAGCAUUACGGUCAACACUUGGAGCAGCAGCACUUUGCAUAAUUUGAUUUAGAAAAAGGGCUAUCAAAGCCAAUGACUUGGAUCAUAUAUAUAAACUGUAUUUUUUGUGAGAUAUUUGUUUUUGUUUUGCCACAGUUACUGCUAUGGUAUUGGUAGGAUGCAUACUGUGUAAUUCUGUGCUUGUGUACUUAGAGAAGUGCCCAAGUUAUUUUCGAAAAAAUGUUCAUGUGCUCUGUUUUGGUGAAUUUGAGACGUUUGUAUAUUUUUUCCUAAAAUUAUACACCUAUGCUUUGUUAUAACUGACUGAAGAGGUCCUGCAGAUUUAAUUGUUUGUAAAUAAAUUGCAAAUUUUAAAAAUGGUACUUAGCAUUUAUAUAACCAAAUAUUAUGAUACUUGUUAUGAUCAUGUAUAUAGGUAUGUAGUGUUCUCUUUGCCAAGUGUCAGAUAUGGAAUAUAUGCCAUUAAGUUUUAUUGUUUAACACAAACCUGUAUAUAAAGUUUUUUUGCUUUCAAUGGCAAUAUUUAUCAGUUGACUGCAUUUCUUUCUGUAGUGUAAUAAUAUUUGUUUUCCUUAAAAGAAACAAUCUUUUGUAUUAUACCAUUAGUACACUACAUAUCCUACAUAUAAAUUGUUUAGUGAAAAAAAAAAUUUUUUUUUUUCAGUUUUGCCUAGAUAAAUAAAAUAAUGAGGUCUAAAGAAAGCUGUUUGGGUGUGUGAACACGCUUGAUAGGUUCAUGCAUGAUUUGUACAUAAAUGCACUAGUUUGAGGCUAUCUUUAUAUAUCAGAAUAUUAUCUUUAUAAAUAUGGACAUUGAAGCAAAUGUGCACUAUUUACCAUUUUGUGUUUAUUCUGAUAGUUAUAUUUGAGCUGAGAUUUUCCUGCCAACAUUUACUCUCUUUUUGUAAAGUUUGUUGUCAGUGCAACAGUAAGCAGUUUUUUGCCAGAAGAUACAUUAUUUAGCAUUUUAAAUAAACAGAUAUAUCAUUUGAUUUUUAGUUAUCAGAAAGCUGUUUAUUGUUUAGCACAUUAAAUGUCUUUAUUGUUUUACGCGUUACGUUGUGUAAAAUGUUCAGUUUUAGGUUAGAAAGUGUAUAACAAAGCAGUAACUUGCUGCGUAGUAUUUUUAUCAAAACUUAGUUAACAUUGUGUCGUACUUUGGCAUGUAUUUGUUCCUAGAUAUUGCUAUGUUGAAAUAACAAAUUAUACAUAUGCUUGACGAUUUAAUGAGUUUUAAUGAGUAUGGACAUAAUAUUUGAUAUUAGACACUAUUUUUCAGUAAAUGAAGCAAUUGUAGUGGGAUUUAACUUUCUCCCAAAAACUUUUCAUUCAUUUUGAGCACGUGUAUUUCCAAGUAACAACUUUCCUUAAGUAUUAUUGUACCAGUUCUGGAAUUCCUGACUGAAUAAUAAUACAUAAAAUUUUGAAAUGAACAAUAGGUCAUUAGGGGUACAUUUUCCUUCCUCAUGUUCUUAAAUUCCUUCAUUACAUCACUUUUGUGAAUUUGAUAUUUCAGAUAUAACCCUGAAGUCACGUGCAACUCAAACAUGCAAGCAGUCCCUGAAAUAAUAUCCCCCCCCCCCCUCCCCCCUUGUUUACAGUACAUAGUGUCAUGUGCAUGUUUCAUCCACAAAUAUUUUGUGCAGGAAUUGAAACAAGGCAGUAUUUAUAUACUUAAGCAUGCUCCUUAUCUUACUUAUAAUACAAUUUUGUUAGUAGCUCAUAAAAUAAUUCAAAUUAAAACAAUCUCUUUUGUGAAAUAAGUUCAUUUCUAGGUCAGGAAAAUUCUGAUGUUUUGAAUUUAGAAAGCCAUUUUUAUCAAUAUGUCUGAACAUUUAAAAGCCAAAGUCAUUGAUACAAUAUCCUAAAGUGUUCUUACAAUGUAAGGUGGGAAAAGUAGUCCAUUUAAGGAUAUUUUGUACAGAAAAAAGCACAAGACUAGAAGUCUAAAUUUAUGAUUACUUGAAUCAUUUGAUAAAACAGACUUAAUGCACACUAUUUAAGCAACAGUGUUUUGAUUAUUUUUAUGUAAAAUCAAAGUUACCCAUUGCUUCAAAUAACAAUUAGCACCAAUAUUACAUUUUGGUAUGCCUAUAAUUCAAGAUCAUGAUUUUAACAUUGAUGGGUAUUGCUGACGGUGACUUGUUGCCCAUGUUGAAUUUAUUUUGUAUAUGCUGAAAGAUAUAUGUAUGAAAUUUGAUAAAUAUCUCGCAACAUUUCAGGCUUUAGCACUAUGACACUGUACUAUAAGGACUGUUCAAAUAAAAUUUAGUUUAACUGUU